CCCGGUUCCAGUCUCAGCGAUCCCGCUCACCCUAGCCCCUCCCUCGGACAACCCCUGGGCUUAUGACCCAGCCAGCACCGCCUCUCCUGGUGGCAACUGGCUGGGAAUGGCUGAGGGGCUACCUACUGUUUGCGGCCUGCCAGGGGGGAGGGGGAAGGGAAAAAAAGAAAGGGGGCGGGGUUGAGGGGGGCGGGCCUGGACCUGGGGAGUGAAAGCGAAAGCCUGGGCGACUAGCUGAGAGACCGGAGAUCUGGCUACUGGAGCAGCAUGGCCAAGCCUUGUGGGGUGCGCCUGAGUGGGGAGGCCCGCAAACAGGUGGAUGUCUUCAGGCAAAAUCUUUUCCAGGAGGCUGAGGAAUUCCUCUACAGAUUCUUGCCACAGAAAAUCAUAUACCUGAAUCAGCUCUUGCAGGAGGACUCCCUCAAUGUGGCAGACCUGUCCUCCCUCCGGGCCCCACUGGACAUCCCCAUCCCAGACCCCCCACCCAAGGAUGAUGAGAUGGAAACAGAUAAGCAGGAGAAGAAAGAAGUCCCUAAAUGUGGAUUUCUCCCUGGGAAUGAGAAAGUCCUGUCCCUCCUUGCCCUGGUUAAGCCAGAAGUCUGGACUCUCAAAGAGAAGUGCAUUCUGGUGAUCACAUGGAUCCAGCACCUGAUCCCCAAGAUUGAGGAUGGAAAUGAUUUUGGGGUAGCAAUCCAGGAGAAGGUGCUGGAGAGGGUGAAUGCAGUCAAGACCAAAGUGGAAGCCUUCCAGACAACCAUUUCCAAGUACUUCUCAGAACGUGGGGAUGCUGUGGCCAAGGCCUCCAAGGAGACUCAUGUAAUGGAUUACCGGGCCUUGGUGCAUGAGCGAGAUGAGGCGGCCUAUAGGGAGCUCAGGGCCAUGGUGCUGGACCUGAGGGCCUUCUAUGCUGAGCUUUAUCAUAUCAUCAGCAGCAACCUGGAGAAAAUUGUCAAUCCGAAGGGUGAAGAAAAGCCAUCUAUGUACUGAGCCCAGGGCUAGAAGGAAAAUAAAUGACCUGUACUUUGUGUGGA